AGCUUCUUAUCUCCAGCUCAGAGAACGGCCGCUGCCUACCAUGAGGUGAAGCUGUACGCUGUACCUGGGAUGGGCUCUGCCCUGGUGACAUUCAUUGCCUUCCUCCACAGGACCUGUUCCAGAACGUGGUGCCCUGGAACUGCAUGGCCUCCAUCAGGAUCCAGAGGAAACAAAAGGGCACCGAACAACUGGCGCCCACCGUUCGGGAAACCUAUCCACAGUUCGACGAUGUGGUCAAUUUCGUGUUCACCACCUGCAUUGGGGAUCACAGCAUGAAGGCUGAAGACAGGGCCAGGGUGGUGGAGCACUGGAUCAAGGUAGCCAAGGCAUGCCUAAAGCUCAGGAACUUCUCCUCGAUGCACGCCAUCAUCUCUGCUCUGCAGAGCACCCCAGUACAUUGGAUGAGCAUGACGUGGAAAGAAGUAUCCAGGACAAGUUUAAAAACAUUCCAUAAGUUGUGUGCCAAGGCCACUGCAGAAAACAGGAAUUUGCUCAUGAAGGUAAACGGAGGGUGAGACAUGGGGUUAAAAUGUCGGGAAGACGGAGAGAGGGCAAAGUGGGAAGAGGUUCAGGACAAGAUGUGGUGUGUGUGGUCGGUUGGC